UCCGAGCAUCACGGUUGAAAGUGGGUGAAAAUUUCGUCGUUGCCAGUUUACAUCAUCAAAAAGGCCAGCCGAAUCGAGCAGUUGAACUAAAUGGAGUUCCUGAAUUCGUAGUUACAGAAUGUACUCGGUAUUUAUUGUUCAUAUUCUGAUUUUACUGCCAGUGAUCGCUGAUAGAAAUCAGUUUAUGGUGGGUAGUAUCUUUACAUCGGACAAAGAUGAAUCGGAAAUUGCAUUUCGAACGGCGGUGGAUCGUGCAAACAUAUUGGAGCGAAACAUAGAGCUUGUUCCAAUUGUUAUGUACGCCAACACGGAUGACAGUUUCAUCAUGGAAAAAAUGGUGUGCAACCUAAUUUCCCAGGGAGUAAUCGCCAUUUUCGGACCCAGCACAGGCAGCAGUUCUGACAUCAUUGCCUCAAUAUGCGAUACAUUGGAUAUUCCGCACAUUGUGUACGACUGGAUACCCAAUGAAUCCAUUCCAGAUCGGGAGCACUCUUCGAUGACGCUUAAUGUUCAUCCAGAUAACCUGUUGUUAUCCCAGGGAUACGCGGAGAUUGUGCAGAGUUUUGGCUGGCGCAGUUUCACAGUGGUCUAUGAGAGCGAUAGAGAGCUCCAGCAACUCCAGGAUAUCUUGCAAGUCGGCGAGCCCAGCAGCAACCCGACCACAGUAAAGCAGCUAGGAACGGAUGAGGACCACAGGCCCUUCCUAAAGGAAAUCAAGCUCUCCACCGACAACUGUUUGGUCCUGCACUGCUCUCCAGAUAACCUGCUAAGCAUUUUACAGCAAGCGAAUGAGUUGAAAAUGUUGGGCGAAUACCAGAGCAUUUUCAUACCCCUGCUGGACACGCACUCCAUCGAGUUUGGCGAUCUUUCCGGUGUCGAAGCGAACAUUACAACGGUCCGCCUGAUGGACCCCACCGAUUUCCACGUGAAGAACGUGGUGCACGACUGGGAGGAGCGGGAGAAGCGCGAGGGGCGGUACUUCAAGGUCGAACCGGACCGAGUGAAAACCCAAAUGAUCCUGCUCAACGAUGCCGUUUGGCUCUUUUCCAAGGGGCUCACUGAGCUCGGAAUCUUCGAGGAGCUCUCUGCACCCGAACUUGAGUGCAGGCGCAAGAAGCCCUGGCCCUUCGGGAAACGCAUCAUUGAGUUUAUGAAGGCGCGAUCCGAGGAGACGUCCACGGGACGAAUCGACUUCAACGAGAAUGGCCAAAGGAGCUUCUUCACCCUUAGAUUCAUGGAGUUGAAUGCCAACGGCUUUUUGGACCUAGCCACCUGGGAUCCGGUUAAUGGCCUGGAUGUGCUUAAUGACGACGAGGAAAGCGAGAAGAGGGUGGGCCAAAAGCUGUCCAACAAAACAUUUAUUGUGUCCUCCCGCCUGGGAGCCCCUUUUCUCACGCUGAGGGAACCGGAGGAAGGAGAGGUCCUGAUGGGGAACGCCCGUUACGAGGGCUACUCAAUAGACCUCAUCAACGAAAUUGCCAAGAUGCUGAAUUUUAAGUACGAGUUCCGAAUGUCUCCCGACGGAAAGUACGGGGCCCUGAACAAGGUGACCCAAACUUGGGAUGGAAUUGUGAGGCAACUUAUCGAUGGGAAUGCCGAUCUGGGCAUCUGUGACUUGACGAUGACGUCUUCCCGACGCCAGGCCGUGGACUUCACACCCCCCUUCAUGACCCUGGGAAUCAGUAUCUUGUUCUCCAAGCCCCCAGCCCCACCCACCGACCUCUUCUCCUUCCUGUCGCCCUUCUCGCUGGACGUGUGGAUCUACAUGGGCUCCGCGUACCUCUUCAUCUCUCUGCUGCUGUUCGCCUUGGCUCGGAUGGCGCCGGACGACUGGGAGAACCCCCACCCCUGCAAGGAGCCCGAAGAGGUGGAGAACAUAUGGUCCAUCAUGAACACCACCUGGCUCUCGAUCGGCUCUUUGAUGGGACAGGGCUGCGACAUUCUGCCCAAGGCUGCCUCAACCAGAUUGGUCACUGGAAUGUGGUGGUUCUUCGCCCUCAUGAUGCUGAACUCCUACACGGCCAAUUUGGCCGCCUUUCUGACGAACUCCCGCCAGGCGAACUCCAUCAACAACGCCGAGGAUCUGGCGGCCCAGACCAAGAUUAAGUACGGCGCGAUGGCCGGCGGCUCCACAAUGGGUUUCUUCCGGGACUCGAACUUCAGCACGUACCAGAAGAUGUGGACCGCCAUGGAGAGCGCCAGUCCCUCGGUCUUCACCAAAACGAACGACGAGGGCGUCGACAGGGUGCAGAAGGGCAAGAACCUGUACGCCUUCCUGAUGGAGUCCACCACCCUGGAGUACAAUGUGGAGCGGAAGUGCGACCUGGUGCAGAUUGGCGGCUGGCUGGACUACAAGAGCUACGGCAUCGCAAUGCCCUUCAACUCCCCGUACCGCAAACAGAUCAGCGGAGCAGUGCUGAAAUUGGGCGAGCUUGGCCAGCUGGCGGAACUGAAGCGCAAGUGGUGGAAGGAGAUGCACGGCGGAGGGAGCUGCGAGAAGAGCGACGAGGAGGGAGGAGACACACCCGAGUUGGGGCUGGAGAACGUGGGCGGCGUCUUCCUGGUGCUGGGACUCGGUUUGUUUGCAGCCAUGGUCCUCGGCUGCACGGAGUUCCUCUGGAACGUAAAAUCCGUGGCUAUCGAAGAGAAGAUCUCCCUAAAAGAAGCUUUUAAGUCAGAAGCGUUGUUCGCGGCUAGAAUUUGGAUCACCACUAAGCCAGUGCACACGAGCUCUGGCUCGGGCGGCUCAUCCUCGUCCAGUUCCUCUUCAAGCCGCUCCAAACACUCCUCAAAGUCUCGUGGUUUAUCCAUGAAAAGCCUCAAGAGCUCUGGGGACCACGACGUAGAGGCAUCGGUGCACAACAAGCUGAAGAAGAUCGGCUCCAUGUUCUCGCUAAAGUCGCAGAAGACAUCCACUCCGCCUCCCGAGAUCGGGUGGAAAGUGGACAAGGCAACACAGAUCAGUGAGGCCCAUACUUCUGAAGACGAACCCGAGUUGGUUACGGAGGUGGAGCCAGAGCAACCGCAACAUCGACAUCAUCACCAUCACCAUCACCACCGCCAUCAUCACCUCCAUCAUCGAACUGAAGUGGAGCUUGAAAAAGAGCCUUCGCCACUCGACUAAUGAGGGUUGGGUGAAUAAUUAAUACGACGCAUUGACAUCAUAAAUCAAUUUCCCAAAGUCAAAACUCUUCAACGCAGAAAUUAUUAAAUACGUGUGGCACUUUUGAUCAUAAGGUACAAUAUUUUGUUGAUCAAGAAACACCUUUUCAUGUUUUCAACUAAGGACAAGUUUGAUAGCAUCCAAAGUUUUAUAGGACAUAAGUUUUCAUUGGCUACUGGAACCAUACCAAUUCCUUAAAUUCAUUUCUCUGAAAACGAUUUCCAUGCCAAAUUACGUAGAUGUUCCAAUUAACAUUCACCCAAAAAUCAGCAUUUAAUAAACAUUUUUAAAAUUAAAAACCCAGCUACCAUAAAUCAUUUUUUGUAAAUUAUACAGAAAACUUUCACCAAUUUUAGUACCUACCUUUUACCCGAUGUAAUACCCUUUAAUUUAAAAGACAUAACUAUAUAAUUCGGCUUAAUAAAUCGAUUUAGUACAAUUUCUUAUUUAUACCCGUUAUCAACAACAAAAUUAUUUCCGGCAUAUAAUAUAUGUAAGUGAACUAGAAAUAAAUUCUGGGAAUCAUUGUGAAAGUUCCUUCACAAAAAAAAGGAUAAAAAACGAAAUUUUAAUUAAUGUAGUAGCCAGCUUAAAUCAACUUUCUACCGACAGUAUCUAUCCGUUGCAUCUAACCUAAGCGGUCUUUGGAGACUCCUCAAAUUGUUUUAAAUUUAAAUAAAGUAUUCAAGUUCUUUUGGUUAAA